AUGAAGUUCUCCGUCGUCUCCUCCGUCCUGGCCCUGACGCCCGCCGUCAUGGCCGACUGGAAAAUCGCCAAGAACCGGGAGAUCGAGUACUCGUCGGUCGAGGGCUUCUUCAUGCAGGACAACACUACCACCGACGCGGCUGCCUUUGACUACGCCGACUGGAACUUUGGCCUCUUGAACCGCACCUACACCAGCGAUCCCAAGCGCAAGACCAUCAAGCGGAAGGGCCAGAAGCCCACCAAGGCCGAUUGGCCCAAGGGUUACAAGACCCAGUGGGAGCGCUUCGAGAAGUAUGUCGACCAGCUUAACCGCAAGGCGCCCAAGGACACCCAGUACAAGGUGCUCAUCAUGGGUCGUCACGGUGAGGGCUGGCACAACGCUGCUGAGACCUACUACGGCACUCCUGCCUGGAACUGCUACUGGUCUGAGCAAACCGGCAAUGGCACCGCGCACUGGGAGGAUGCUGUCCUGACCAACGCCGGCCUGGCGGAGGCCUACAAGGCCAACGCCUACUUCCAGUCCCGCUUCGAGGAGCACGGCAUGCCCUACUUCGAGUCGUACUACACGUCGCCGCUGGCCCGCUGCGUCAUCACCGCGCGCGAGACCUUCGCCAACCUGGCCCUCCCGCGCUCGCACCGCUUCCUGCCCGUCGUCAAGGAGUCGUUCCGCGAGAGCAUCAGCAUCCACACGUGCGACCACCGCUCCAACAAGACGUACAUCGCCAGCCUGAGCCCCGGGCUCCGCUUCGAGAAGGGCUUCGCCGACCGCGACCAGCUGUGGACUGGCAUUGAGGGUGAGACCACCGAGCACCAGCUGGCCCGUAGCAAGGACGUCCUCGACGACGUCUUCACCAGCGACGACGCCACCUGGAUCAGCAUCACCAGCCACUCUGGUGAGAUCAGCAAGCUGUUGACGACGCUCAACCACCGCGCCUUCAAGCUGUCCACCGGCCAGAUCAUCCCCGUGCUCGUCAAGGCCAAGCAGGUCCACAUCGAGCCCACCUCGACCUACGCUUCGUGGACCACCGAGGCCACUUGCAAUGCGCCCCCGGUGACCAGCAUUUCUGGCCAGGGAUGUGUCUGCUCUACCGGCUUGGCUUCGACUUCGGCUACUGCCACGGCCGUCUAA